AUGCGACGGUAUUUCGAACGCCUGGAGCGCAACGAGUAUCUUCCCGAAGGUACAGCUGGCCAUGGCUUCGAUGGAUGGCUUGGCGUAUCAACCGCUUCUACCGCUACCCUCCUUGGGGAUCAGAAUUAUCUAUCGCAGGGCAUUGCUGCAGCAAUUACGCUGGGCAAAGCGGCCGGAAAACUGAUUACCAGUCUCGGCGACUUCCUUGCGCUCUUGAAUCCUGACAUCAACAACGAUUCUACCAACCGUGAUUCCGCUACGGAUAUUUAUUCAAUGCCCCUCGCGACAUAUGACAACAAGCGGAGUAGCCCUCGUCAAUUUGUCGUUGACACGGCGGGUGCGGCCCAUCCUAACAGUUCGCGAAAGUAUCAUCUAGAUAUACGAACGAACACUCUAGCAACCCGGAUACUAUUUGCAGAUGAUGGCACCAAACCAAGAGCAACUGGAGUGGAGUUUCUCGAGGGGCAGAGCCUGUACAGAGCUGAUCCUCGGUCAAAUUUAACGAUUGCUGGAAUCCCUGGUAGCGUUAAUGCUAUUCGAGAAGUAAUCAUCUCUGCGGGCGCGUUCAACAGUCCGCAGCUUCUCAAACUAAGCGGAAUCGGUCCAGCAGAAGAACUUAACAAUCUUGGGAUCCCAGUAUUGGUUGAUCUUCCCGGUGUAGGCACGAAUCUCCAGGACCGCUAUGAAAUCAGCAUCAUCGGAGAAAGUACCCAAGCUUACAACAUCAGCCGCCAGUGCACCCUCCUGCAGAGCCUGCCAGAUCCUUGCCUCGAGCAGUACGAACAGGGGCAAGGAUUCUACACCACCACAGCCGGAGGCCUCGCCGUGACCAUGAGAUCUUCUGUUGCCGAAGGCGACGUCGAUCUCAUCCUUUUUAACUCCGGUCUUUGGUUCAGCGGGUACUUCCCCGGCUUCUCUUUGUACCAGCCCGGCAACAACAGUUUCUUCACGUGGCAGGUCCUAAAGGCGCACACGCGCAACCGCGGAGGAACCGUCAGGCUCCGGUCUGCGGAUCCGCGGGAUGUGCCGGACAUCAACUUCAACUAUUUCGACGCGGGCACCGUCGACGAUGACGCCGACCAGAAAGAUUUACAGGCUAUGUACGAGGGCUUCAACUUUGCGCGUGAGAUAUUUCGGCAGGAUCAAGCGGAAAACACCACCACCACCACUGCGCCGUUUGUUGAGGUCUUCCCGGGACCCGAUGUGAACACGAAGGAGCAGAUCGAACAGUUCAUCACGAGUCAGUCCUGGGGCCAUCACGCAUCCUGUACGUGUCCUAUUGGGACCGAUGAUGAUCCCAACGCCGUGCUCGACUCCCGUUUCCGAGUCCGCGGCACGGAUGGUUUGCGAGUCGUGGAUGCCUCCGUUUUCCCCGAAAUCCCAGGCCUAUUCCUCGCGACUGCGAUAUAUAUGAUCAGCGAGAAGGCGGCAGAUGUCAUUAUUGAAGCCGCGCGAGCAGCGUAA